UUUUUUUCAAGGCCAAGUCUAUGAGAAUAAGUAUUAGGUUGUUUCGUUGCAAAUAGCUUUUAUUGUCACUAUUUAGUAAUACCCAGGUUCAUUAGUUGAAUCAAAUUGUAGACUAUUUAGCUCUUUCACAGCACUGAAAUUGGAUUAUCUGAUUUGCCCAUCUAGGGUUGUGUGACAAAUGUUCUUUCCAUACAGUCAGGAGAAAUGCUAUUCACCAUAUCCUAGUUUGUAGACACUGUGUGUGAGAAGUCAAACUUCUAGGAUUGAUAAACUGUGGAAACUAAGUUAACCUAAAGUUUACAUGCCAAUGUGUUAUUUCUGGUUUUAGGGGACACAUGAGGAACGGAAUCCUAGCUCAACCAACAAGCUUUCUUCCCCUUUUAUUCCACAUUUUUCUUAGGAGGAUGUGUUUCAAAAUGCUAUGUAUUCAAGAGCCGGUUGCAAGAGUAUGCACAGAAAAUGGGAAUAAAGACACCAGUAUAUGAGACUACAAAAGAAGGUCCUUCACAUGAGCCUUCCUUCAGGUCUACUGUGAUAUUAAAUGAUGUUAGAUACGACUCUUUGCUUGGGUUUACUAAUCGUAAGGCAGCUGAACAGUCAGCUGCUGAAGUUGCUCUGGUGGAGUUAUCUAAAUCUGGUGAUGCUGCACAAUGCAUCUCUCAACCUGUUCAUGAAAUUGGCUUAUGCAAAAAUCUGCUUCAAGAGUAUGCACAGAAGAUGAAUUAUGCUGUUCCUGUAUAUCAGUGUCAGAGGGAUACUUCUUCUAGCAAAGUACCACUGUAUUCAUGUACUGUCGAGAUUGGGGGAAUUCGUUAUAUUGGAGCUGCAGCAACAACCAAAAAGGAAUCUGAGAUAAAAGUGGCUAGAACUGCUCUUCUAGCUCUCUUGUUAAGUGAUACUGAGUCAUCCAUGGGAUCAGUUGGCAGCUCUGAGUUAACAGUGCUUCCAUCCAAAAGAAAGCGGUCAGAAUGUGAAGAGAUUGCUAAUGAACCUAAACCAAAGAAACCCCCAUAUAAGAGGAGAAUGUUCAAAAAGAAAGCCUAUGAAGAAAAGGUGGGCCAGACUGAAGUUGGAAAUAUAGCACCAGGAUCAGAGAGUAAUGAAUCCGUUAAGCCAAUGACUGCAGAAGCUAGGCCAAAAGAGCCAGUGUCCGAGGAUAUUCCCCAUGCUAAUAACGUCAAUGCUGAACAUGGGCCGUCAAUAGCUUCAGAUUUCACCAACAGCAGCAUUGUGAGUGGGAACGUGGGUUCAAUUUCACUGUCCUGUGGAAACAUAACUACUUUGGCCAAGGAAGUGGAUAUGGUGUCUGCCGUUAAGCCAAUGACUGCAGAAGCUUUGCCACAAGACUCAGUGUCCGAGUAUAUUACCCGUGCUAAUAAUGUCAACGCUGAACAUGGGCUGACAACAGCUUCAGAUUUCACCAACAGCAGCAAUGGAAGUGGGGAUGUGGGUUCAGUUUCACUGUCCUGUGGAAAUACAACUGCUUCAGGUAAGGAAGUGAAUAUGGUGUCUUCUGUUAAGCCAAUGACUGCAGGAACUAUGCCACAAGAUUCAGUGUCUGAGGAUAUUCCCCAUGCUAAUAAUGUCAAUGCUGAACAUGGGCUGUCAACAGCUUCAGAUUUCACCAACAGCAGCAAUGGGAGUGGAGAUGUGGGUUCAGUUUCACUGCCGUCUGGAAACAUAACUACUUUGGCCAAGGAAGCGGAUAUGGUGUCUGCCGUUAAGCCAAUGACUGCAGAAGCUAUGCCACAAGACUCAGUGUCUGAGGAUAUUCCCCAUGCUAAUAAUGUUAAUGCUGAGCCGUCAACAGCUUCAGAUUUCACCAACGGCAGCAAUGGGAGUUGGGAUGUGGGUUCAGUUUCACUGUCCUGCGGAAACACAACUACUUCGGCCAAGGAAGUGAAUAUGGUUGCUGCUGUUAAGCCAGUGUCUGCAGAAAUGAUGCCACAAGAUUUGGUGUCUGAGGAUAUUCCCCAUGCUAAUAAUGUGAAUGCUGAACAUGGGCCGUCAGCAGCUUCAGAUUUCACCAACGGCAGCAAUUUGAGUGGGGAUGUGGGUUCAGUUUCACUGUCCUGUGGAGACACAACUACUUUGGCCAAGGAAGUGAAUAUGGUGUCUUCUGGACCUUGUUUGGAGGCUUCAAGUGUCAUGCCUGGACCUGACUAAUCGCAGUAAGUAUUGCAAGCUGGUGCGGUAAAUUGUAGGCGUAGGACUUAUUACUAAGAGAAACAGAUGUUAAAAAUUAUGGAUCGAGAAUUCAGUAGCUUAUAUAUAAAGCAUGUAUGUCUUCAUCUCCGAAGUUAUGGAUAUUGACUUUUGGAUCGGGAUAUUGAAUAUUACCACCAGACUCGUAGCUUUGCUUUGCCCAAUUGUGGUUGUAUUUAUGUAUAAAUUUGGAACAGUAAUUAUGAAUAUGGUUAAGCAGUUUUGCUCGAUUGGCAA